AUGCCCCACAACAUCCACGCAGAUGUUGAAUGCUUGAACUCACUAAACACAUCCUACCCCCAACUAGCGGCGGUGUCCGCUGACGAGCAAGCUCUAGCGUACCAGUUUCUCGAAUGGAAGGUGGUUAAGUUGGAUCCUUCUACAGUCUCUGGCCAUGUAUGGUCAGCACUGAAGGCUACUUCCCCAUUCGAUCCCGUGGGGAAGGUAAUUUUGGGACCUAUGGUGAGGAUUUCCACACAUCCCAUGCGUCUAUUGGCGCUCAGGUAUGGCGCUGAUUAUGUUUUCACUGAGGGUACUCCAGACGCGGAACGUGCUUUACGGGCUGCCAAAAUGGUGUACGUCAAAUUACUUGUCUAUUAUCUUUUGUAUAACGUUCUUUUUUCUAGACAGGACGAUGUUCUUGCAAUCGACAUCAAUAUGGGUUGUCCCAAAGACUAUUCAAUCAAGGGUGGUAUGGGCGCCGCAUUGCUAAUUCAACCAGAGAAAGUGAAAGAGAUUCUGACUCGGUUGACCUCUGCACUGCGUGUCCCUGUGACGUGCAAAAUCCGUAUCUUACCACAGCUGGAAAAAACGUUGGCAUUGGUGAAGUUGAUCGAAUCCACGGGAGUGGCGGCACUCACUGUACACGGCCGUACCCCUAGUGAACGACCGCGGCAUCGCAAUCACGAUGAGGUGAUUGCUGCUGUAGCGUCGGCCGUUUCGAUUCCCGUUAUUGCAAAUGGUGGCUCUUGGGAUACAAUACGCUCACACGAUGAUAUCGAGUUCUUCCGGCAACAAACAGGCGCAGCUGGCGUCAUGGUUUGUCGCUCCGCAAUGUGGAAUCCUGCGAUUUUCUCCCCCGUUUGUCCGGCGCCCACGUUACAUGUUCUUAUCCGGGAAUAUUUGUCCCUUGCUGUCCGAUACGACCAUCACAUAGCUGGUACAAAGUAUUGCAUUCAGUCAAUGCUUCAUCUCGAAGGGGAAACUCCACUUUUUCUGGCAACGCUGGCCGCUAAGGACCUGAAGGAUUUGUGUCGUUUAUAUGUUUUCGUGAAUAGUCACACUUGGUCUGUUCCGGACGUCUACACUGUUGAAAUGCAGCGUCGGGCCGGCAUUCGUGAUUCUGCGUCUGCGAAGCGUGUGUCUACGGAGACUGUGAAUGAAUUCGGCGAUGCUGCCAAACGUCCCCGUAUAAACGAUGAUCCAGAGCAAUUAGAUCAGAAUGGACAUGUGAUCCGACGAAACAUCCCCUAUGAGCGUCGGUAUUGGCCUCUCCAUGGCACGUCCCCUAAACAAAUUCUGUACGAAUAUUCUAACAAGACGCGAAUUAAAGCUCCAGAAUUUCAUACGACCGAGGACCGGGAAUCCCGCCUGUUCUUUUCCACAGUCCUUUUUGACAAUAAGCAAUUCACAAACACAAGCGGCUGCAAGUCCAAGAAAUGGUCAGAACAAGCUGCUGCGCUUGUCUGUCUACAGUUUUUGGGACUGUCAGAUGGAAAAUGCUCGGAAACAGAUGUUCCAACAUGAAACUCAGACGUUUAUAUCGUGGAUCAAAUAUAU